UACAAGAAGAGGCUGUCCAAGACUUGAGAUGAAGAAGUCCGAAAGAAUGAGUAGAAUAAAAACCAGAAAGCGGAUCCAACACCAACAAUUAGCAAUCCGAAACCCCAACUCGGAGACCCUUUUUGCUGUAAUCUUGGCAGCCCUUUAUUCUUCUUCUGAUAACGAGUCCUACUCCUCUCGUAAUUUUCACCUCAUCAACCAUUGUCUAAAUCGACUUCAUCGCUCUCUUCCCCAAUACCUAUCUCCCCCAAUUCUCUCCUUGCUUCCUAUCCUUCUCAACUCCAAGAGUGAUGAAAUUGCUUGUAAAAGUGCUGAGCUUGUUGGAGCUGCAUCACUCAUUUCGAUCGAAAUGAAUGAAAUGAUUGCUUUAGAAGAUGGGAUAAUAAUGGGGUUGAUCAAUUUGAUGCUGGGAAGUUCAAGUAGGGAUGUAUCCGUUGCUGCCUGUAACGCAACUCUGGAUCUUUUGACCACCUCCAUUGGAAGACAAAGGCUGCUACAUUUCUCAGUCCUUGAGAAGCUUAUUGUUUGUUUCAUUCAGGAAUAUAAGCCAUUUCCUGCUGUUGUUUCUCUCUUUAGUGACCUGAAAGGCAGUGGAAGCUGCCUGCGAAUGGUGUUUGAGGAUGAAGAAUACACUGUGCUGCUAUUUCAUGCUACUCUUGUGCUCAUCAAUUCCUGUACAACUAAACAACUGCAGGAUAUUCCAGGAAACCUUUCUAAAAGUUUCAUCAACCACUUGAAAAGAUUGUGGGAAGAAGUACAUUGUAUGAUCUUAUGUUGUACUUCUUUGAAUUACAGUCAGGAAAGACAUUUUUGUGUAAGUAAUAUUGGAACAAAUGAUCUGGCAGAAAGUAUUUUCAGGCUUUCAAUAGGUAACAAUCAAGUUGAAGAACAUUCAAAUGUCAAAGAAAUUAUGAGAAGCAUUUUCCCUUUGGGGGAGGUUGAUUUUCAACAAUUUAUAUUAGACUACUGGGAGAUGUCACCUUUACUGAUUAAAGGCUCAUUGAAGGAUUCCCUCAAGCAAGGCAAUAUUUUUGGCUGUCUUGUUGAAUGUUUUCAAUCAAAAGAAAUUCCUUCUUUUCUUCUGUCUAUGCUGAAGAAGCUGACUUCUUGUCCGCCAAUAGAGUCAGAUGAACUCAAUGUCCAUCAUUUCUUGGAGGAGGCGAGAGAUAAUCUUGGUUGUCCAAUAAUCUACGAACAGGAUAUUCGUGUUGUAAGAACGCAUUACUCAGAGGAGUUGGAUUAUUCUUUCAGGCAAUCGGGCUCUAGCAGAUCUGAAGCUCAUUUUUUCAAUGUCAAUGAUAUGCUAGAAUGUGAGGAAGCAUAUAAUAGUGGCUACACAAUUGCUCUGCGUGGUAUGGAGUUCCGAUUUGAAAGUAUAGCUGCAAUUGCAGAUGGCUUAGCAGCGCUCUUUGGCCAACCAUCGGCAGGUGUGAAUAUGUACUUAACACCUCCACACUCGCAAGGAUUAUCUUGCCAUAGUGAUGAUCAUUGUGUUUUUGUGUGCCAACUUGGAGGGGUAAAGGAGUGGAACAUUUUUCCCCGAUCAAGUUUGCAGUUACCACGCCUGUAUCAAAGUAAUGGUAAUUGGCCUGAUUCUGAUCCUGAAAAUCAAGCAGUAAAUGGAAAGCUGCAGUUCCUGCUUAAAGAAGGUGAUGUUCUGUAUAUUCCUAGAGGUUUCCCUCAUGAAGCGCGUGCAACCAUUGAUGAAGAUGGGUCAGCUAGAUUCUCCUUGCACCUCACUCUGGCUAUUGAGGUUGAGCCUCCAUUUGCAUGGGAAGGUUUCGUCCGUGUUGCACUCAAUCAUUGGUGUGAGAAACAGGGAGGACCUCAGCGACAAUUCAGUGAUUCGAUGUCUUGGAGUCUAUAUAUUACGUCAGUGAACCUGCUGCAUGUUGCAAUCAAGUUGAUAGGUGAUAAUGACUCAACAUUUCGGAAGGCUUGCUUGGUUGGGCAGAUUUCUUUGUCAACAGUGACUGAGGGAUGGCUCAGUAUGAACCAGAGGAUGAUUUUCAAUUAUCUGACGAGUAGGAUCAAUACCGAGUCAAGGUUUUCAGAUUUUCUUGAGUUUUUGGAAACAGCUGUUCAGAAACAUGAAGAUUUUUUCCAGCAACUAAGAUGGCUGCAGCAUCUUACCAUGGAGAGGGACUCAUCACAUGGAUCGUGUAUUUCCUCAACUGACACCAGAACUAUUUUGCACUUUUGCAUGCGGCACAAGGACAUUGUAGAAGAUGCAUUUUUGCUGGUUAAAUCCAAGUUCUGUGCUGAAGUUUUAUUUGAGGAUGUUGAACCAAACUAUAAGAUGCUGCUUGAGAGAUACAAGAGAGCAAGGCAGCAGUAUACAAAAGGGAUGCUUUCGCUCCAUUUGACCAGUUGAUAAAACGUGAAACCUAGCUGUGA